CUUAUAAACAAUCCAAAAAGAUUGCCAAUUCCCUCCUAGAAGCUCUCAAGGUAAUUUAUGGACUACUAAUACUUCACUUCUCAAUAUCUCCACUAGCACCACUUCCUUUUGAAUGGCAAGCUUCACUUCCAAACCCAGAAAGCUCACUCUUUUCCUCAACACUUCCUUUCUCUUCCUUUCCAUUUUCUAUAUCUCAAUCUCAUAUUUUCUUGAAAAAUCCAAUGAAGCAGAAAAUAUAGUCAAUAACCAUAAUCAUUCUUUAUCGUUUCAAGAAUUGAUCAAGAAUGGUGGCUGCACUGGCCUUCAUGACCAUGCAGACUCAAAAUCCAAGUGUGUGUAUAUUAAGUCACAUAUUGGAUGCAAGCCUAAAGGGUAUAUAAACUAUCUUGAAAUAUUUUAUUGCACUUUUGGGCAAUUUCAGAUACUGGGUUAUGCUUUUUUAUUACUAUGGCUUGCUGUUUUAUUCUAUUUACUGGGUAAUACAGCUGCAGAAUAUUUCUGUUCUUCCCUAGAAGAUUUGUCAAAAAUCUUGAAACUUUCUCCAACCAUUGCUGGUGUCACUCUUCUUUCUCUUGGCAAUGGUGCUCCUGAUGUUUUUGCUAGUAUUGUUUCAUUUACUAAGUCUAGUAAUGGUGAAGUUGGUCUAAACAGUGUACUAGGAGGAGCAUUUUUUGUGUCUAGUACUGUUGUUGGUGUUAUAAGUACAUUAAUAAGUCCUCGAAAAAUUUCAAUUGAUAAACCUAGUUUUAUUAGAGAUGUCUCUUUCCUUCUUUUGUCACUUUCUUCUCUUCUUUUGAUUCUUGUUAAAGGAAAAAUCACCUUAUGGGUUUCAAUUUCUUUCCUUUCUAUUUACUUCUUUUAUGUUUGUGUAGUUUGCUUAAUGCAAUUUGUUAUCUUUAAAAAAGAACCUAAAGUAAACCCAUUGCCAACUCCUCCAUCUACAAAAGAUUUCACCAUUAAUAGCCAAGAAGAUGUUGUGGAAAUGGGUAUUCCACUUCUUGGUUAUGUUGAUGAUGAAAAACCCAUUUUAGUGGAAAAGAAAACAAAUAUUGAGAAUGAGAAACAAGAAAGCUCAUCAUCUUUUUAUUACUACUUGGGUAGAUUUUUAAAUAUUUUGGAGCUACCUUUGUACUUGCCAAGAAGAUUGACUAUUCCUGUUGUCAGUGAAGAAAGAUGGUCUAAGGCUUAUGCAGUUAUUUCUGUUACAUUGGCACCAUUUUUACUGGCAGCUGUGUCCGAAACUCAAAUGGAAAAGAAAAUGCGUUCUAGAAGUACUCUAGUGGCUUACUCAAUAGCAGGUUUUAUAGGCAUGUUUCUUGGAAAUCUUGCUUUUGUCUCUACUAAAAGUUCAAACCCACCAAAUAAGUUCUUAUUCCCUUGGCUAGCUUGUGGGUUUUUAAUGAGUGUUGCUUGGACUUAUAUUAUUGCUGAGGAAUUGGUUUCUCUUUUGGUUUCAAUUGGGCUUGUAUUUUGGAUUAACCCUUCAGUUCUAGGGUUGACUGUCCUUGCUUGGGGCAAUUCACUUGGAGAUUUGAUAGCUAAUGUGGCUAUGGCUAUGCAUGGUGGGUCAGAUGGAGCCCAAAUUGCUAUUUCAGGUUGCUAUGCUGGGCCCAUGUUUAAUACCUUGUUGGGGUUGGGCUUAUCAUUUGUUAUCUCUUCAUGGGCUAAAUAUCCAAAUUCUUAUACGAUCCCUAAUGACCCUUCCCUCUAUGAGACUUUAGGGUUUUUGAUGGCAGGCUUGCUUUGGGCCCUUGUUAUUUUGCCAAGAAAUAACAUGAGGCUUGAUAAGUCUCUUGGGGUUGGUCUCUUAACUGUAUAUUUGUGCUUUAUCUCUCUAAGGCUGGCUAGGGCUUUUGGUCUUUUGAAAUAUCUAGAAUAAGGUUAUUUCUGGAAACAUAUUUAGCAUUGUAUUUUCAAUGGUUAUAUUAUAGUAGUAUACAAAGUACUAUAAGACUAAUUAAGUCGUUGAAUAUC